CGACAGAAAACUCAAAGUCAGAUAUCUGUCGCCCCCUGCAGGAUUUAACAGAAACUCCUCGCUGUUCUUCUGUUCGGUGUUGCUGUGCUAAAUAAAGUUUCGCCGAUGACCUUUGACACCAAGAUGUCAGCCUACGUGCCGCUCUCUGUGAAGAUGUCACCGUCAGCCUUGGUGGGCAUAAAGAGCGUUUUUAGAGAGCAGUUCUUUUCGAGGAAGGUUUUAAAACGCCUAACAGAGCUCUAUAGGCGAGGUUACCCGGUGACAGCUGGCCAGGCGGCGGCGGCGGCGGUGGAGGUGGGGAGCGGUGUGACCGCCGCCGGGUUCAGCGGUCCUUUGGACCACUACGGUGGGCUGAUCCGAGCCGGGAGCCUGCGGGACGACGAGCGCCAGCGAGCGGUGCUGCAGAAGCUGGACGAGCUGCACAAAACGCUGAGAGGGUACACCAACAGACCCGCAUCCAUCCUGUCGAGGUUUUUCUCCAAACCAAAGCCCCCUAAAGGCUGCUACAUCUACGGCGACGUGGGCACAGGGAAGACGAUGGUGAUGGACAUGUUUUAUUCACACGUGGAAACAGAGAGGAAAAAGCGGGUCCAUUUCCACGGUUUUAUGUUGGACGUACAUAAAAGAAUCCAUCGGUUGAAGCAGAGCAUGCCCAAAAGGAAAGCAGGGAAAAUGGCCAAGUCUUACGACCCCAUCGCUCCGGUCGCCGAGGAGAUCAGUGAGGAGGCCUGUCUGCUUUGCUUCGAUGAGUUCCAGGUCACAGACAUCGCCGACGCCAUGAUCCUAAAACAGCUGUUUGAAAAUCUGUUUCUGAACGGCGUUGUUGUCGUGGCGACGUCCAACCGUCCACCCGAAGGUAAGUUGAAACAUCCCGAACCCGCCGUCCAGCUGUGCGCAGACGGCCCUCUAAAGAUGAACCGUCUCUUUGACCGCCCGCAGAAAUAUUGCCAAACUCUUCGCCUCGAUUCCGGGAUCGACUACCGCAAACGGAACAGACCUUCUGCGGGGAAACUUUACUUCCUCUCCGGUGAAGCUGACGCCGAGGCAACGCUGGACAAGAUGUUCGACGAGUUGGCUUUUAAACAGAACGACAUUACCCGGCCGCGAGUUCUAAACGUUCACAACCGGAAGGUCCGUCUGAACAAAGCGUGCGGGACGAUCGCAGACUGUACGUUUGAGGAGCUGUGCGACAGACCUCUGGGGGCCAGCGACUACCUGGAGAUAUCCAGACUGUUUGACACAGUCUUCAUCCGACACAUUCCUCUGCUGACGCUCAACAAGAAAACUCAGGCCAGGCGGCUCAUAACGCUCGUGGACGCGCUCUACGACCACAAGGUGCGGGUGGUGAUACUCGCCGAACGCCCGUUGGAGGACAUUUUUGUUCACGACGCCGAUCACAGUCACGACGAGAGCCACGUUCUGAUGGAUGACCUGGGGCUGAAAAGGGACGAAGCCCGCAGUCUGUCCAUCUUCAGCGGGGAGGAGGAGAAGUUUGCCUUCCAGAGAACCGUUUCUCGACUCACUGAGAUGCAGACAGAGGAUUACUGGCUGGACGGGGACAGAAGCUUAAAAACUUCCGGAAAAUAAGAAUGCAGGAGACUUUAUGAACAACUCUCAUAUAUGCCAAAAAGAAAUACUACACUACUCCAUCUCCCUUUGCACGGAGCACCAGGGGACUACUUAACAGCAUCUGUGCAAAUGUACAUACAAUAUUUAUUAGUAUCUAAAAUAAGUUUAUCAUUUAGAUGCAAAUUUGCACUUCUGGGAUCAUUUUAAGGUGGAUUUUUGGGGAGGCAUGUUGCUGUUAAUCCAGUGUCAUAUGAUAGCUCAAGUAUUUAACUUCUCUGUUGUUUGGGGGGAAAAGAUAUAAAAAUGCAAUAUGAAUGAUUUAUAGACAUAGAGGUUUAUGAAUCUGUUUUGUUUUGAGUAUUUCAAUGAAAUGAUUUCUCACUGA